AUGUUCACCAGUUCAGACCAGUCCCUCUCCCUCUCCCUCACACCCAACCUCCACUCUCCAUCCAGCUGUGGUCCAAGUAGAGGGAUGCAUGUCCAGUCCUCUCUGUCCCUCCCCGAGCCUGAGGCCUGGAGGAAGCCCAGCCCCACUCCCCGUCCUGGCCUGGCACAAGGAGCCCGCUCCUGCUCCCUUCAGGUCCCCCAUGCAGACUCUGAGCACUUGGAGCUACCUCCCCGAGCAGCGAGCUUUGAUGUGCCCUAUGGUAGGGACGAGGGCUCGUCCGACCAAGGUUCGGGGUCCCUGAGCCCCCAAGGCAUGCUACGGCGGCGUGGGGGACUCGUGGAGCAAAAGGAUAUCAUCAUGGCUCACCAGGCACACAAAAUCCAGAGCACGCCGCAAGCCCGCAGGAAGGAGUGGGAAAUGGCUCGGUUUGGAGACGAGUCCGCUCCCAGCACUGUGGAUUCCGGGGAUGGGGACUUGGAGCACGGCGGGGACGGGCAGGACGCAGCGGCGGUGGCGGCCGGACUCACAGCUUCCAUGAAACAAGCCAAGGCGCAGCGGGCCCGGACCAUGGCUCUGUACAACCCCGUCCCCCACCGGCAGAACUGCCUCACCGUCAACAGGUCACUCUUCAUAUUCGCAGAGGAUAACAUCAUUAGGAAAUACGCACGGCGAAUCAUUGAGUGGCCACCAUUUGAGUACAUGAUCCUGGCCACCAUCACCGCCAACUGUGUCGUACUGGCCUUGGAGCAGCACCUCCCCGGAGAAGAUAAGACCCCCAUGGCAAAGAGACUGGAGAAGACAGAGCCAUACUUUAUUGGGAUCUUCUGCUUCGAGGCGGGGAUCAAGCUGGUGGCUCUCGGUUUUGUUUUCCAUAAAGGCUCCUACCUGAGGAAUGGCUGGAAUGUCAUGGACUUCAUAGUUGUGCUCAGUGGGAUCUUGGCCACUGCUGGUGCCCACAUGAACAUCCCCGUAGACCUUCGGACACUGAGGGCUGUAAGAGUCCUGAGGCCGCUAAAACUCGUCUCCGGCAUCCCCAGCCUGCAGAUUGUCUUGAAGUCCAUCAUGAAGGCCAUGAUCCCGCUGCUCCAGAUCGGCCUUCUCUUGUUCUUCGCCAUCCUCAUGUUUGCAAUCAUCGGCCUGGAGUUCUACAGCGGGAAGCUUCACCAAACAUGCCUGCCAUCUGCCGAAAUCCUCGAAAAUGAGACUGUUGACUCAUCUGAGUUGGCGUUCGCAUGUGGAGUAAGAAAAUGUCCGGAGAGGUACGACUGCAACGACACCUGGAUCGGACCCAAUGAUGGCAUCACCCAGUUUGACAACAUCCUGUUUGCUGUUCUCACCGUCUUCCAGUGCAUCACCAUGGAGGGAUGGACGGCCGUUCUCUAUAAUACUAAUGACGCUUUGGGCACCACAUGGAACUGGAUGUACUUCAUUCCUCUCAUCAUUAUUGGUUCGUUCUUUGUGCUGAACCUGGUGUUGGGUGUCCUGUCUGGAGAAUUUGCCAAGGAGAGGGAGAGGGUGGAGAACAGGCGAGCCUUCAUGAAGUUGCGCCGUCAGCAGCAGGUGGAGAGAGAACUGAACGGCUACCGAGCCUGGAUAGACAGGGCAGAGGAGGUCAUGCUUGCAGAGGAGAAUAAAAGUUCGGGGAGAUCACCGUUAGAUGUGCUAAAGAGAGCCAGUAAGAAGACUGGUGCACGGAGAGGAGCACCGGGCGAUGACAAGUAUACGGACAUGUCGACUGCCAGCAUGUCACGAUCAAGGAUGAACUUCCGCAGCGGCCGUCGUGGACCCGCUGCGUACCUGAGGCGUAAAGAGCGCAUGUUACGCAUCUCCAUCCGCCGCAUGGUGAAGACAGACACUUUUUACUUGAUGGUGCUCAGUCUGGUUGCUCUCAACACCAUCUGUGUGGCCAUAGUCCACCACAACCAGCCCGACUGGCUGACCAUCUUCCUCUACUAUGCAGAGUUUGUUUUCCUGGGGCUGUUUUUGGCUGAGAUGUUUUUGAAAAUUUAUGGUCUGGGUUUCCGGCUCUACUUCCAUUCAUCUUUCAACUGCUUCGACUGUGGGGUUAUUGUUGGCAGCAUUUUUGAGGUGGUUUGGGGUUUCUUCAGGCCCGGCAUGUCAUUUGGCAUCAGUGUACUGAGGGCGCUGAGACUACUGAGAAUUUUCAAGAUCACUAAAUACUGGGCCUCUCUCAGGAACCUGGUUGUGUCCCUCAUGAGCUCCAUGAAGUCCAUCAUCAGCCUGCUUUUUCUCCUCUUCCUCUUUAUCGUGGUGUUCGCUCUGCUGGGGAUGCAGCUUUUUGGAGGAAGGUUCAUCUUUGAAGAUUACACUCCCACCAACUUUGACACGUUUCCAGCUGCCAUCAUGACAGUGUUUCAGAUUUUGACUGGUGAGGACUGGAACGAGGUGAUGUAUAAUGGGAUUCGCUCGCAGGGUGGUGUGCAGUAUGGCAUGUGGUCAUCAAUCUACUUUAUAGUGCUCACCCUGUUUGGAAAUUACACGCUGCUCAACGUCUUUUUGGCCAUCGCCGUGGAUAAUCUGGCCAACGCACAGGAGCUGACAAAGGAUGAAGAGGAGGAAGAGGAAUUCUUCAACCAGAGGUACGCCAGAGGAAGAGAUGGCUUAAUAUCUGAUGGGAGAAGAAGACCCUACCUCUACAGGAAACGGGCAAUACACCGAGGCCGACCAGCUUUCCCAGAUGAGGCAGAGGGUGGUCCAGGAGCCGCAGACGAGCAGCCACUCAAUGGCUCCAACGCCUUCGCCAAUCGCCGACAGAGGAGGGGAAAAGUUAACAUGUCAGUGUGGGAGCAGAGGGCCAACCAGCUACGCAAACGGCGCCAGCAGGCAAGCAAAGAGGAGCUGUUCAGCAGCCCCACAGAGGAAACAGCUGAAACUCCCACCAUUGCACACCAUUCCACGCUCUCCACAGAGGCCAGCCCUGCUCAUCUACCUGAGUCACCCAUGUCUGUGGGGAUGCCCCUCCCUGAGCCCCCGAUGUCCAUAUCCAUCCCCAUACCUGAGCCUCCGACUUCUGAGCCUCUAGUAAACCUGUCUGAGGAGAAAACUGGAGGAGCUAACCACCGGAAUACAGGUGGGGGCAGGCACAGGGUGGCCCGAAAGUUCAGGCCCAGUCAGGGGCCGGAUGAAGGGGCGCGGCACAGACGCCACCGUCACCGUGAGGCCCGCACUGAGGCCAAGAGUCUGGACUAUACCCGGACGCCACAUGAGGUGCAACAAGUCAGACGAUCAUUCAGCCAUGAACGGAAGAUAGAUGAAAGGGAAGAAAAGGAAGAAAGAGAGGAGAGAGAAAAAGCAGAGGGAGAAGGAGGGUCAGUCCAAGAUGACUGUGGCAUCAUCAACCCGUAUGCAGAUGUUGGAGAAGACUGUAGCAGAGACAUUCCUGAUCCUCCUCAGUGUGAGCAGCUGGACUGGGCAGAGCAGGGUGAAGGUGGGCACACAGACCAGUAUGAACCAGUGGAGACCGCUAUAGAGGCAACAGAGUUCACUGUGUGUGCGAUUAAAUCUGAGAACCACCCAGGUUCCCUCAACCGUGACAAGUCCAACCUGGAGGGAAGCGUGGCCAUCGAAAUGUCUGCACAGCCGCUGCUGGAGCUCACACCAAUGACAGUGAACAGCAAAGAGUUGGAGGCGUACCAGUCUGACCAGAACGACAUGGACGAAGAGACAGAGGAUGAAGAACCUCCGAUCACUCCCAAACCUGUAGCUCCUGACAGCAUGUUCAUCUUUAAGGCCUCCAACCCAAUCAGAAGGAUCUGCCACUACGUGGUUACGAUGCGCUACUUUGAGAUGUCAAUCCUUCUGGUGAUCGUGGCGAGCAGCAUUGCACUGGCUGCUGAGGACCCUGUGUGCACCAAUUCAGAUAGAAACAAGGUCCUUCGUUAUUUUGAUUAUGUCUUCACCGGAGUGUUCACCUUUGAAAUGAUCAUUAAGAUGAUAGACCAGGGUCUCAUUCUGCACGAUGGCUCUUAUUUCCGAGACAUGUGGAACAUCCUGGACUUCAUUGUGGUGGUGGGAGCUCUGAUAGCCUUUGCUCUAACCAAUGUGAUGGGAAACAACAAAGGUCGAGACAUCAAGACAAUAAAGUCCCUCAGAGUUCUGAGGGUCCUGCGACCUCUUAAAACUAUCAAAAGACUUCCCAAACUCAAGGCUGUCUUUGACUGCGUGGUCACAUCUCUGAAGAACGUCUUCAACAUCCUCAUCGUGUACCAGCUCUUCAUGUUCAUCUUUGCUGUCAUUGCUGUGCAGCUCUUUAAGGGGAAGUUCUUCUACUGUACCGACAGCUCCAUGAACUCAGAGAAGGAAUGCCAAGGCUACUACAUUGACUACAGCAGAGACAAAAAGGAGGUGAAGAGGAGAGAGUGGAGGAGACACGAGUUCCACUACGACAACGUCUGCUGGGCGCUCCUCACUCUUUUCACUGUCUCUACUGGAGAGGGAUGGCCUCAGGUCCUACAGCACUCUACUGACGUUACAGAGGAAAGCAUGGGGCCAAGUCGAGGGAACCGGAUGGAGAUGUCAGUUUUCUAUGUGGUCUACUUUGUGGUCUUUCCGUUCUUCUUCGUCAACAUCUUUGUGGCUCUUAUCAUCAUCACGUUCCAGGAGCAGGGUGACAAGAUGAUUCAGGAGUGCAGUCUGGAGAAGAACGAGAGGGCUUGUAUUGACUUUGCCAUCAGUGCCAAGCCGAUGACUCGCUACAUGCCCCAGAACAGACAAACCUUCCAGUACAGGCUGUGGCACUUUGUGGCGUCGCCCUCUUUUGAGUACACAGUGUUGGUCAUGAUCGCACUCAACACUGUGGUACUCAUGAUGAAGUACCACUCAGCCCCGACAGCCUACGACACAGUCCUGAAACACCUGAACACAGCCUUCACUGUUCUCUUCUCCCUGGAGUGCAUACUGAAGAUCAUGGCAUUUGGUUUAGUGAACUACUUUCGAGAUACUUGGAAUAUUUUUGAUUUCAUCACCGUUCUUGGCAGCAUCACCGAGAUAAUUGUGGAUUUACAGUCGGUGACCACCAACAUCAACAUGAGUUUCCUGAAGCUUUUCCGAACAGCCAGGUUGAUCAAGCUGCUGAGACAGGGUUACACCAUUCGUAUCUUGCUGUGGACCUUCGUACAAUCGUUCAAGGCUCUUCCAUACGUCUGUCUUCUCAUCGCUAUGCUUUUCUUCAUAUACGCCAUCAUCGGAAUGCAGGUGUUUGGAAACAUCAAGCUAAAUGAUGAGAGUCACAUCAAUCAGCACAACAAUUUUAAGACCUUUUUCAGCGCACUGAUGCUGCUCUUCAGGAGUGCGACAGGCGAAUCCUGGCAAGAGAUUAUGCUCUCUUGUCUGGCGGGUCAGGAGUGUGAACCAGACCCGUCAAUCUCCCCCCUCACCAUAUCUCCAGACCACGAGGGAGGUUGCGGGACCGACUUUGCUUACUGCUACUUUGUCUCAUUCAUUUUCUUCAGCUCAUUCCUGAUGCUGAAUCUGUUUGUGGCUGUGAUUAUGGAUAACUUUGAGUACCUAACACGAGACUCCUCAAUCCUGGGUCCCCAUCACCUGGACGAGUUUGUCCGAAUCUGGGGAGAGUACGAUCGUUUAGCAUGUGGUCGUAUCCACUACACCGCCAUGUACGAGAUGUUAACUCACAUGUCCCCACCCCUGGGCCUGGGCAAAAAAUGUCCUGCCAAGAUCGCCUAUAAGAGGUUGGUGCUGAUGAACAUGCCUGUGGACGAAGACAUGUCUGUCCACUUCACCUCAACGCUGAUGUCACUCAUCCGCACUGCGUUGGACAUCAAAAUAGCAAGAGGUGGGGAGGAUCGUAUCGCUCUGGAUGCUGAACUACAAAAGGAGAUCAGUAUCAUUUGGCCUUAUCUGCCCCAGAAGACAUUGGACCUACUGGUACCUAUCAACAAAGAUACGGACAUGACAGUGGGUAAGAUCUAUGCUUCGAUGAUGAUAAUGGACUACUUCAAACAGAACAAAGCCAAGAAGCUCCGACAACAGCUAGAAGCUCAGAAGGCUAGCUUGAUGUUCAAGCGUCUGGAUGCCUCGACCCUCCCGGAGGACAUCCUCUCCAACACCCAGCCGCUGCCGAUGAUGGCCCACAGCGCUGGCUCAGCACUGACAAGAGGAGGCUUUGUGGCUUUGAGCCCCAUCUCACCCCAGGAACUGUUUUUGCAGCCUAUAAGUUCAGACACUGAAGCUGGUCAGCAGCAGGUGGGCGAGUGCAGUAGGGGGAUUGAAACCCCACUGGAGCUUCCGCUAGGGAGGGGCCUGUGUGUGCGGGCCUCUUCCAUGCCCCGUCUGGCUGUAGAGUCGCAGCAGACGGAGGUUGCGAGCGGCUCCCUGAAGCGUUCCGUCUCCACUGUUGCGGAUCAGCGGGCAAACGGUCUUUGGCAGGAGGAGAAAAGUCCAGAGCGAGUGUAUCGACCUCGUCACAAAAGCUACAAGGCUGCCGUUUCUCGGUCUGAGCGUGGCCGGUCCAAGGAGUGCUGUCACCUCCUCUCUCCAGACACAUCUCGUUGUAACUCAGAGGAAAGAAGCCAGCAGCCGUCACGCUCCUCCAGCGUAGAGAGAGAACACACCCAAGAUAAACAGGGUAACAGCUCCGACAGUCCGGUGCCCUCCACCUCAGAGUCCAGCACCCCCAGUGGCCGACGACCUUCAUCACAGACCCCAACCCGCUCUCGCCCUCACAUCUCCUACUCCCCACUCGUGUGCCGCACACACCCCUCCGUUGGUGAAGAUGAGGACGAGCAGGGCAGCCCAGAGACCAUGAGGCGGGGCAAGCUCACCUGGGAGUGCCAGGCAGGGGUCGCAGGUGAGAGGGGUAGCGAGGCUGGCCUACACCCAUCCCCGCCUCGUCGUUACCCCUCCGAGCCAUUCCUAGCCUCACAAGAGGACGACCACAGCCCGGACCCCUCUGGUCCAAUGGAGACGUUGACCUUCGAGGCGGCUGUGGCCUGCAGCUUGGGACGCUCAAACACCAUCAGCUCGGCCCGCCCGUGCUUGCGGACUGGCUGGCAGGUCCCAAAUGGACAUUUUCGAAAACGUCUGGCGCAGACAGCCUCUGUUGCGGGCUGUGAUCCACUCAGCGACACAGAGGAGGACGACAGGUGCUAG